UUAUCACACAAUCAAGGUCUCGAUAAUGAGUUCAUUAUAAUUAAGUUUACAAAGAGAGCCUUCGAAAUCGUACAGAACCUGGAGAAUAGCAAGACGUUAGUAAAGAGAAUCAACAAAACAUGCCAAAAGCCGCAAGAAAGAUCAGACAUCCAAAGGAAGGUCGUUUCAACUCGCAUCGGGCCGACCCCCGCAUCCCGCCCAGCGCACACCACGAAUGGCGGCCAAGAACUCCUCAAUGCCUUUUGGGUUCAGCACGAGGAGGUGGAAUAUAG